AUGAAGAUCGCUGUGCUGGGAGCCACUGGGCAGACUGGUCAGUACCUGGUCAACCAGGCGCUGCAGCAGGGUCACACAGUCACAGCCAUCGUCAGGAACCCGGGAAAGCUCGCCGUGCAUCAUGACAAUCUCAAGGUGGUGGAAGCUGAUAUUUUCUCAGCUGACAGUCUGAAGACUCAUUUCAAAGGACAGGAUGUGAUCAUGUCCUGCCUCGGCUUCCCGGCCUCCCUCUUCUCAGCAGUGACGGGCUACACCAUGUCCAUGAACGCUAUGAUCAGCGCCAUGCGAGGCGCCCGGGUAAACAGGGUCAUCACCAUGACCUCCUGGUACACCGAGCCUAACUCUGGAACUCAGUCGUCUUACCUCAUCCGCUUCCUCCUGCUGCCGAUGAUCCGAAGCGUCCUCACCAACAUGUUUGAGAUGGAGCAGUUUCUGCAGAAGACCGGGGACAUCAGCUGGACUGUGGUCCGCCCGCCUGGCCUCAAGAACCUGCCGGCCUCAGCUCAAGAGUUUCUGACCCACGAGGGAUACUUUGUGCCUGACGGCAGCGGUAACCCCGCAGGCAGCGCGGUGGGAAGAGGAGAUGUGGCUCGCUUCAUGCUCUCUCUGCUCAACAGCAACGCCUGGGUGAAGAGGGGAGUUGCCAUCACUACCAAAUGAGAAAGAAGUACAAAACAAAUAAGUAUAAAAACUAUGUUUACUCACACAUCUCUAAUAGUAUCGAGCCAUGAAAAUAUUUUUACCUCCACCCUAAUACAACAGAAGUAAAUUAACGUUUUUGGUGAUCAAAGCUAAUCUGCUGCGUUUUGUCUUUUAAAUGUGACCCAAAAAUAUUUAGUCAUGUUACACGUCACAAAGAGAAGCAGCAAAUCCUUAUUUGAGAAGCUUAAAUUUAUUUAAAGAAUUUUUUACAUUUUUGAUUUAGAAA